GGCGGGUCCUAAUGGUAAAUUUGGCAGAGUCAGCGAAACGCGGCUCCGGGCGGACCUGACGGCCGGGCAGCGCCCUCUCCCGCGCCCUCGUCCUCUCCCGCGCCAGGCAGCGGCGAGCACGGGGCCAUUUGCAGCGCAGGCAGCCUCGCGAGCAGCCGCGGCGCCGAUCCGGGAGGGAGGCGGCACCAUGGAGCUGAAGAAGGACAGCAACGCCGUGGCCAUCGACAUGCUGCUCAUCGUGCACUCUGAGAAGCGGCGCGCGGCCCAAGCCACGCACUUGGACUCUCAGGCGGACCCGGGCGCGCUGCUGCAAAACCGAGGAGGACUCCAAGGUGUCAGAAACGGAAUCCGGAAAUGGCAAGAACUGGAAAAAAACGGCUUUCAGGGAAACUUGCCAGAGAAGCAGUGCCUUCAGCCGCCACAGGUCAUCACUUCCUAUGAUAACCAAGGUACUCAGCUGACUGUAGAAAUCCACCCGCAAGACGCCAUGCCCCAGCUGCUCAAGAAGUUCUCUUUGGCGAAACGUUUACAAGGUGACAAAAAUGGAAACAUGAGGCCCCGGCAGCCUGGAGGGAAAGACGCCCAUGCCUACCCCUGGGACAGGUCCAGCUUGAAAUCCAUGCCCCUGGACCUGCGGCACUUUGAGAAACUUGAUGCCUCUGCCUCACAGGUGACAGUCAAGAGUGGCCUGGAUGAGCUGGUGAGUGACUUGCUCCAGGAAGCCCACAGCGAUCUGGAAAGGGUCCGAGCCAUCUGGAUCUGGAUCUGCCACCACAUAGAGUACGACAUGGAGGCCGCCCAGGAGAAGGACCGCCAAGCCUUCAAACCCACUGACAUCCUGAGGACCCAGAAGACCAACUGUGAUGGCUACGCUGGCCUCUUUGAACGGAUGUGCAGGAUCGCUGGUGUACAGUGUGUCACCGUGCCUGGCUACUCCAAGGGUUUUGGUUACCAGACUGGACAAAGCUUCUCUGGAGAGUUCGACCACGCCUGGAAUGCUGUGUACCUUGAGGGCCAUUGGCACCUGCUGGACAGCACCUGGGGAAGUGGCCUGGUGGACACUACCACCUCCAAAUUUACCUUUCUCUACAACGAAUUCUACUUCCUCACCCACCCCGCCCUGUUCAUUGAGGACCACUUCCCAGACAACAAAAACUGGCAACUGCUGAAGCCACCUCAGUCUCUGAGGCAGUUUGAGAACAACAUGUACCACAAGAGUGAAUUCUACAACAAGGGCAUGCUGAGUGCUCACCCAGAGACGUCCAUGAUCCGAACAGUGAAUGGGAAAGCCACGGUCACCAUUGAGAGCUGUGCCCCGACACUGUUCAUGUUCAUGCUCAAUGGCAAACAGGAGCAUGGGCUACUGAGCCUCAGGAAGAACGGGAUGAAGUUGGAGGUGUACCCUCCAACCAUGGGCACCCACAAGCUGCAGAUCUUCGCCAAAGGCAACUCUGAAAUCUACAGCUCAGUGCUAGAGUACACACUCAAAUGCAACUAUGUAGACCUCUCCAUCCGGCUGCCCGCUGAGCUUCACCAGCCUGUGGGCCCCAGCUGGUUCUCAGAGCAGAUGGGCAUCACGAAGCCCUCCCACCCUGACCCCAUCAUCCACACCAGUGAUGGUCGCUGUUCCAUCAGCUUUGGCGUGGAGGAGGGCAUCAGUGUCCUGGCAUCCCUCCAUGGAGAUGACGGCCCCAUCACCGAGGAGAUGCAACGGCGGUACAUCUUCCAGUUGAACCGAGAGAAGAGGACAGAGCUGAAAGUCCAGCUGCCCCAUGCUGGCAAGUUUGCCCUUAAAAUCUUUGUGAAGAAGAGGCAGGAACAAGGCAAUUUUGUCUUUGUCUUCAACUACCUCCUGUGCUGCGCCAACACCAAGGUGAACUGGCCGGUGUUCCCCGAGAGCUUUGGCAAUUGGGGACAGGACAAUGAGCUGCUGGAGCCCCUCUCGGGGGUUCUUCCGGCCAACCGCAAUGUACCCUUCAAACUGAAGCUGCACGGCAUUGCCAAAGCCCUGGUGAAAGGGCAGGACACAUGGCCCCUGACCCUUAACCCUGAGGGGUACUGGGAGGGCAGCUGUAACACUGCUGGCUGCCAAGAAGUCUACGUCAUGGUGCUAGAGAAUGCUAACCACAACUUCUACUCCUACAUCCUGAAAUACAAAGUGAACGACCAGUAAGGGGCUGCAUACCCACAGCCUCCCAGUGCUAAGGCCAGCCCUGCCCAGGGAGGGCCCAAGCGAAGCGCAGAGAGCCUGGGACACCACUGAUCUGCAUGAAAUAACUUCUAGGCAUCUGCCUCCGUCUCCCUGCUCUGUCCCAGGCAUUGAGGUAUUUGUGCUGCUGAGGGCUUCACUCAGUGUGAUUGUGGAUGGAGGGACAGAGGCAAAGGCCCUUUAGAAGAAAAAGGUGCUAUGUAAAUCCGAGGUAUUGUGAAGUGUACGCCCAUGCCUGUGCCUGCUCAUGCAUUAGUGCUAUGCUGUAGAGCUGGGUGGGAAAGCAGAGAUGUUGCCAGUGUUGAAAGAUCUCCAUACCAUGCCUAGAGAAUGAUGUCUGAGGCUGAAUCUAUUAGAGAGGUCAGCCACCCAAGUCAUACAGUGUUCCUCCACUGCUUCUGGACCCCAGGGAAUGCUGGGCCUGCCCAUCUUCCAUAUUCCUAGAUCCUCUUCAUUAGCCCUUUUAUGCUUUUCACAAGCUUGUGGAAAGGGAGAUGUGGAAAAGAAGCUAACUGACCAUCAGCCAGCUAGAGGCUGUUAUCUCCCAGCCCCUGUGAGUCUCUGGGAUGGAACAAGGGCAGAAAACAGCUGUGUACACAUAGGGAUAUCCUGGGUGGGUACCAGGGCUGGAGUGGUGUCUUUGAAAGUCCAGCAAUGCACACUUAAAGAUGAAGGUCCUUAAUCCAUGUGCCUACCAGAGUUCAGCUCUGAGCCUACCUCCCAGCCUGAGCCCAGGCCCAUCAUCGGUUUUUCCACAGGAGCCUCAAAUGCCUACACAACCAGACAGGCUGAUGAUCAUGAACGGAGAUCUGAGUCCUGGGCAGGCAGAUGUGUCCCUGAGAAACUGCAGCCGAACUAGGGACAGAAUAUGAUAAUGGAAUUCUGCAGCUUCCAGGGUCCCUUACAAGCCAAACUAGGCCGACGGGACCACCACAUGCCCCUGGAGAGAAUGUUUGUCCCCGUCUCUGAGAAAAGCCCCAUCAUAGCCAUCUUUCCCUCCUGCCUUUCUCUGAAAUGACAAAUCCUGCCCUGAAUUCAACCCUCUGUUGGGAACAGUUGAGGGCCUCUUACUUGCUCAGGCCUGUCCUAAAAGACCUCAGCUGCCUAGCUGGCCCUCAGCAGCACCUGAGGCUGGUGUUUCCAUGGCAACAGUGAGGGACUGGCAGUCUGUAGCAGGCAGCAGGCAAGGAAGGGCUGAGAAAGGCCCCAAGAGGACACUACAAUACAGUCCCAGUGCACGGAUGCACCCCAGCCUGGUCCCCCCACCGAACUCCUGGGAUCUAGGAGUCUGCCCGCUCUGCCUAUCUCAGGACCCCCAUCCUUCACUUCUGAGAGCCACCCCACAUGUCUUCAGGCCAUGUGGAUGCAGCCAGAGCCAGCCUGAGAUCCUCACACCCUCCUUCUCUUCAUGGCCCUGUGUUGGAUUCUGGGACUGUAGAGGUUAACAGGAAGGACUCAGCCGCAGCCAUCUAGACCUCUGGGUGGGUGGUCUGCUGGGUGGGGCCAGCCUAUCUGAAGAUCCAGAAUCCCAGAACCUCAGUCCUUCACCUCCUUCAGCUCCUUUCCCACAGGUUCCCCCACUGCCACUCACCUGGGACCAGAUACCCACCCUCCACCAAACUGGGCAGCCUCACUGGUUAUUAGCAUGACCACUGGGGGGCUGAGCUGCCUUGGCUUGUGUCCUGGGUCCUCUGGCAGUCUUCAGCUGUCCGCCUCUUGUCAUUCACUCACGGAAAAUGCACAAAAGCCACGGAAGCAUCACCACUACACACCACUACAAGGUGGAGUGGAAACGGUGGGGUUUGCACAGCCUGGAAACAGCCUUGCCUCACCCCUUUUAUUUUAUGAGCAGAAAGAAGUGUGCUAUGUGUUAACAAAAUAAUAAGUGCUUCCGCGAUUCCUGCCACACGCUAGACACAGCCCUGAUGGCCACUGCUAGCCUUGCAGAAGAUGAUACUCAUGCUUUUCAAAACAGCAUAACGAGUCCACCCGGGAGCUUGUAGAGCUUGCUACCCCCUACACACAAAACAGGAGCUGUCCUCAGCACCAGAGACCCAGGCCGGCCUCCCCCAGGGCGUGGUGGGUCAUCUGCGCACGCCCCUGACUCCUCAUUUAACCAGGCAGCCCCUUUGUCAAGGCGGCUGUAGGAGCACUCAGAAAAACGCAUGCAUUUCUUUCGACGGAAGUAAAGAUACAUGAAACUAAAUCCAAUCUUCAUGAAUUUUUACACGCGUGCUGCUCAGGCUGGAAAUUUGGAGGUUGCGUUUUGAAGGCUUUAUAUUCAAAUCCCCCUCUUUUGUCUCCGGUCCACGAGUCCCAGUGGCUGAGCGAAUGGCACGAGCGCCCUCUGGUGGUGGUCAACAAGCGACGUUGCCACCGCUGCAAACACCCUACUGGAUCUAUGAUUGUUAAAAAUCACUAGGUGCUUUCUUGUGCCUCGUGGAUAUGCCGAGGUCAGCGUUGCCAUGCAGACUGUGAGAAGAGCCUGGGGGAGACUUCCUGGCUGGUGUGGUGAGAAAACACAGAAUGUGAUAAGAAUUAAGAGUGUUUUGCCCACAAAUCUUUUUCCUGAGACAGAAACCCUGGACACAAGCCUGCCUGGCCGAGGUCGCUUUGAUCACACUCAUUGCUAUGCCAAUGACAGGCUGAAACUGAUCAAACUCAGCAUUUUGCCAGGCAAGCCCCAGGAUGGGUGCCAGGAUGCAGAAGGGUGGGGCAUGGUGGGCCAAAAGGGAGCGAUUAACCUCUUUUCCCUUUGCUUCCAAAGUGCCACCCUCUCAGCUGGACUGCUCUCUGUCUGGUUGUGAGUAUUUUGAGUUCUCCAUAUGUUUCAUUGUCCCACCAGGAUGGACUUCUCAAGGACCGCUGAGAUUAAAGAGACGUAAAUAGAUUAACCGAAGCAUGAAGGAUUUGAGCUAGAUAUAAAGAACCAUUUCCUGUCGUGAAGCAGGAGGGACGGGUUGCCAAUAAAGUCUGUGAAAUUCUCAAAGGCCCUGAGAAGGAGAAAAGUCUCCCCAGUGUUCUGGAGUUUUCUUUGCCAUGCUUGCUGAAGCGGUUGGGUUCUCUCUCUAUAAAUGCUUGGACUACACUGGUUGACCUGCAGUAAACAUGGGGUUAACGGUGUGACCACAUGGCUCAUGACUGUCAGAUUUCUAAGGUACUUCAUCUGAAGUCUGUCAUUUCUUUUCAUUUGGAGUACGUAGUCAAAGCUGCAAAGAUGACUAUUUUCUUUUAAGGUGUGGGCUGAAUUGUGUGUCACUGGCUGUUGAAGAUGCUCUCCUCUCUUUGUUGUUGGGGUUGUUUUUCAAUAAAAUUUAUAUUCAUUUUUAUCCAA